AUGGGAAUGCAUGGUGACAAUUGGCGAUCGGUCCGCCCAGGGAAGAUCGAUUGGGACGAGCAGUUGGUUGCUACAGUGGCCUUGGACAUGUUGAACAGCAUCCCCAAUCGCGCUUUGAGCCUGAUCCGGAGUAGUGGCUUCAUGGGCGCCGACUUGGUGAAGACUGAGGAUGACGUAACCAGGCCAUCUUUUAAGGAGAUUGCCGGGAAUUACGUGUGGCUCAAACCGCUUUGCCACCACUUCAAAUCGAAAGUGCCUGGAGGUCUUUUCUUGACGGAUGUCAUGAUCUACCUCGAUGUUUUGAUCGGGGGCAACUUACUUUGCAAGCCGGGAGUUGAGAAGGUGGCACAAGCUGCAGAUGAGGCCAAGCGCCUUAAGCGGCUUAUGGGGGCCUUGCGCUACCUAUGGCGCAACAGCGACUCCAGUCAUUCCCCGCGGGUCACCGAGCUCAAGCUCAUGUUGGAACCGUCGCCACGUUGCGCCAGGGUUCAACGUCUUGCGCGAUUUUCUGAUGAUGCGAUUGCUGAAGCUGAGGCUGAGAGAAGUGAUGACGCUGGUGAACCUGCACUGCUCCCGGGGGGUGACCUUGCCAACCCUCCUGCAUCCCCAUGCCGUGAUGAUGAUGAUACGCUGGUCAUGGGUGCAGAUGGUGGUGCCGUCCCUGAUGUUGCCAACCUGCAUGACCUGGAAGAGGGGGAGAGCGGAGAAGAGUCUGAGCCCUGUGUGGAUGAGUGCGUGAAUGAUAGUGAGGCCGAGGAUGAUGUGCCGAACAUCGCAGCUGAUUCCAGUGGAAACACGUUGCACGGGUUCAACCUCAGGGCAUUGAAUGUGGGGCCGAUGCCGCCGACGCCUCCUGAUGAGGAUGAGUCAGAAGAUGAUUCCUCUUCCAGUGGAGAUGACUCCGGUGAUCAUGAUGGUGAGAAGGCUUCUGCCUUGGUCACGCCACCGCCGAAACGGCAUGCGACAACAGUGCCUGAUGAGAGUUCUAUCAAGAUGCGCAAGUUGGAGAAGAACAUGAAGAUGGGUGGGGGUGCGGGGUUGUCCAAGCCCAUUGCCGUUAUCGAGAAGGAGCCCAUGGAGAAUGAUGGGACAUCAUCGGAUUCUUCUGGUGAUACUGUAUGUGAGUCGGCCCAUUGGGAGAAUUAUUCCAAAGCCCAGAGGAAAUCAUGGAGAGAAACGACAAACCAGAUCUUGAAUGAGAACAACUUUUAUGAAGCUUUGGGCAUGAUGGGGGUGGACACGAAGAAGCCUACGAAGCCUACUUCCGUGGAGUCUGUCAAGAUGCCACCCUUGGAUCCCCCUACUUGGUUAAAUGAAGUGGCACAUGACUUGUUGGCUGAUGAGGCCCCUCACGUGGGCCCCCAGGUCAAUCCAAAGGCUGAUGUCAAGUCGAAGAAGAACAAGAAUGGCAAGAAACCCAAUCCGAAAGCAUCCUUCCACCGUCGCAAUGGUCGCUCAAAGGCCUCGUCGGCUGGGCAUGCUGAGCGUUGUGAGCUUCCUGAUGCUGGUCCUCCUGGGGCACGCCAUGAUGGUGGCCCAGCGGAUGACAUGCCAGGUGAUUUGAUGUACCAUGAGUACAACUUGACCCAGCUGGGGGUGCCGCGCAACGCUCUCCCAAGCCCGAACCGGCGCCAUUUGGGAAAGCACAGUUAUACCAUUGAGAAGGGCGGUCAGAAGAUCGAAUGCUUGUUGAAAUGCAAAGCUUUUUACGUGAGGGGACCCAACAAGGGUCAGGUCUCAUGGAAUAAGCAUGGGGGGAUUGUGUCGGCAUGGAUCACCGCUUGUGGCAAGGCGGGGAUCUUGCCCUAGACCCUUCGGAUUCUUGGGGUGCCAAAUAAGGCCCUUGGGGAUCCUUGGCUAUCUUCCUGGGAUGGCAGCUUUAGAGCUCAGGCUAGU